UUUGUGGCACCCUGAGCUAGAAAAGCUAAGAUUAGGAGCUGCAUGUGCCUCUGUCCCUGCCCCUGGACUGGGAGCCUCUCUCAUUUCAGCAGCAAAGAGGAGGGGAGGUGACUGUCCUUUGCAAGGCUCUGUGCGAGAGGGAAAGGAGGGGUUUCCUGUGGAUUAGCCCUUGAUAUUACAGAAAGCCUGGUGAGCCACUGAUGAGACUUCAUCUUCCUUUGAGCUGCAUAAGAGGCUGGGAUCACUGCUGCACUUGCCACUCACCGCUCUUCCCCUGAUUCCAGCUGUGUCCCAGUACCUGUCUGUAUCACCCGUAAACUUCUUCACUGCCGCUGCCUUCUGCACGGACCAAGAUCCACUGGAAGUGGAAUCCUUCCAAAAUGACAGACAACCAGUCAGACAUCAGUAUUCAAAUGUCAAGUACAAACGGCCUCCCCAGCAGAAAAGAGUCCUCUCAAGACCCAUCAGUCGGCAGAGGAACCACUGUGACCUUUCACAACAUCUGCUACAGAGUGGAGGUGAAGAGUGGCUUCAUAUGUUGUCGAAAAACAACCGAUAAAGAAAUUUUGAAAGAUAUCAAUGGGGUUAUGAGACCAGGACUGAAUGCAAUUCUGGGACCCACUGGCAGUGGCAAAUCUUCGCUAUUGGAUAUCUUAGCUGCAAGGAAAGAUCCUCAUGGGCUGUCUGGACAUGUUUUGAUAAAUGGAGCUCCCCAGCCUGCCAACUUUAAAUGUAUCUCUGGAUAUGUGGUACAGGAUGAUGUGGUGAUGGGAACCCUGACAGUGAGAGAAAAUUUCCAGUUCUCAGCAGCACUCCGGCUACCCAUGUCUGUGAAGGAACGGGAAAAGAAGGAACGAAUUGACCAGAUCAUCAAGGAACUGGGUUUGACCAAAGUGGCAGAUUCCAAGGUUGGCACCCAGUUCAUUCGUGGGGUAUCUGGGGGAGAGAGAAAACGGACCAAUAUUGGAAUGGAACUCAUUACUGACCCUGCAGUCUUGUUCUUAGAUGAACCAACUACUGGAUUAGAUGCCAGCACUGCCAAUGCUGUCUUGCUGCUCCUGAAAAGGAUGUCAAAGCAGGGGAAAACAAUAAUCUUUUCCAUCCAUCAGCCCCGGUACUCCAUAUUCAGAUUGUUUGACAACCUGACAUUAUUGGCUGCAGGAAGAAUGCUGUACCAUGGCCCUGCUCAGAAUGCCAUUGAAUACUUCAAAUCUAUUGGUUAUGAAUGCGAGCCAUACAACAAUCCUGCUGAUUUUUUUCUGGAUGUCAUUAAUGGAGACUCAACUGCUGUGGCAUCAAGCAAGGCCGAUGCUGAUCUAGAUAACAUUGAAGAACACAUCAACCGUGAUAAGACUUUGGCAGAGACGUUAGCAGAGCACUAUUCCAGUUCUACCUACUACAGAGAAACGAAAGCAAUAUUACAGAACAUUUCUUUGGAGAAUAAAAAGAAAGUGAAGACAAUUUUCAGACAACUUACGUAUACCACUUCCUUCUUUCAUCAGCUCAAGUGGGUGUCCAAACGCACAUUUAAAAACUUGAUAGGCAACCCUCAAGCCUCCAUAGCUCAGCUGUGUGUUACAAUUUUCCUGGGACUAGUUGUAGGUGCCAUUUUCUUUGGGAUAAAAGAUGAUUUUACCGGUGUGCAAAACAGAAUUGGAGCAAUGUUCUUCGUGACCACCAACCAGUGUUUCAGCAGUAUUUCAGCUAUUGAACUUUUUAUUGUGGAAAAAAAGAUAUUUAUACAUGAAUAUAUCAGUGGGUACUACAGAGUGUCUGCAUACUUCAUCUCAAAGCUAAUGGCUGAUCUAAUACCCAUGAGGACUUUACCAAGCAUCCUCUUCACCUGUAUAAUUUAUUUCAUGUUAGGUUUGAAGCCAAGAGCAGAUGCCUUCUUUAUAAUGAUGUUUACUCUUAUGAUGGUAUCCUACACGGCCACUGCUAUGGCGCUAGCGAUUGCAACAGGACAGGACGUGGUAGCUGUAGCUAAUCUACUCAUGACCAUCGCGUUUGUUUUUAUGAUUAUUUUCUCCGGGUUGUUGGUAAAUCUUACAAGCAUCAUGUCUUGGCUUUCCUGGCUGCAGUAUUUCAGCAUCCCUCGAUAUGGCAUGACAGCUUUGCAAGUUAAUGAAUUUACUGAUCUGAAAUUUUGCCCUGGUAUCACUAAUACAAGUCAGAUUGAUACGAACUGCACGCAGGUUAGCCAACCGUAUUGUACUGGAGAAGAAUAUUUGAAAAACCAAGGAAUUGAGGCAACUUCCUGGGGCCUGUGGCAGAAUCAUGUGGCUCUUGCAUGCAUGACAAUAAUUUUCCUUACAAUUUGUUAUCUGAAACUGCGCUUCAUGAAAAAGUUAUCUUAAAACAAAAGUGUAAAUAAACUGUGAUCCACACUGUUUGGAUAGUUUUAUAAGUUAGAAAACUGAAUUGAUUUUUUGUUAAUAGUACUCUUUUGUAUCUUUUAUCUCUUGCCUCAAAAUUUAACAAAGUUAAAAAUCUUCAGCAAUACUAAAUAUUCAUUGAAAUGCACUUUUUGGAAAUUUACAGUAUGCCUGAAUUUUCUUUAUGGUCAUGAAAUGUACAUAUGAGUAUUCGUCUCUUCAUUAGACCAAUUGUAAAGGCAAUUUUUUACUACAUGCUAUUUGUUAAAAUACAGAACAAUUAUGAAAUGGUAAUAAUUAAUGGCUCCAUCCACAAAGAAAAGGUUCCAUGGUUGGACCUAUUUUCUUAAUUUUGCACAUCCAGAGUGAUACUCUGACAAAAAUAAAUCAAUCUAUUUUCAAAGUCCUGGAACACUAAUUUAAUAUUUUAUCUCUCCUAUUUCCCUCCUCCACACACACUACAUCACAUUGUAGUCAUCAUAUUUGCCAUGGGCCAGAUUUUGCUUGGCCCUUAUAUGGUUGCAUAGUUGGUGGUGGGGAGGGGAAGUCUAAGAAGCUGCCAACCUUUGUGUAGUCUGUAUAAGAACUAGGAAGAAUUGCAGCCCCUGCGGUUAGUUGGGGCAUGCUGGGAGUGUCUUAUUCCUUGGGGUGCAGCGCCACAAAAGGAGAAGCAGGCAGAAGGUGAGGUUAUGGCUCUGCCCAGCCUCUCACAUCUGCUCACUGGUCAGAUGUAAAAUCGGUUUGCAUGGCUUCAGUAAUGUGGAAAUAUUUAUUGCUGCAUACAACCUUAACUAUCAUGCAUGGGAAAAUGUGCAUUA